AUGGAAAUUUUGAAUAAUAAACGAAUAUAUAAAGGGGUUAUUUUUAGAAGUCACAUAAAGCAAACAUGCAUUUAUAAAGUAGAUUUGAUUUAUAAACUCAUUACUUCUCGUAUUUUUAAUUGUUUUAGAUUUCUUGCUAUCGUAUUUCUUUUUGCAUAUAUUACCAAAGGCCUUCUAUCAAUUGAGGAGGGAAUAGAUUAAUAGCAAAUCUUAAAUGAUAUGAUGGAACCUAAUAUUAAUAUCAAGUUUAUAAUAAAUGCAGUCAUAUGAUCAAUAUCAUAAAA